GAGGGGCGGGGUUUCCUUAGGGGCGGGGCUCCGUCCUGGCCCGGAAGAUGGCGCCGCCCAGACGCGCCCGGGCCCGUCGGCGCUGGUGGAUCCCGGCCGGGGCUCGCCCGGCUUGAGGGACCUUCGGGGCGGGUGUCCCGGUGCCGGCGGAGAUGGACCAGCGCCUGGCUGAGCUGGUGGAGGAGCUCACCACCUCGGGGGAGCCGCGGCUGGAGCCCGGCAGGAUGAAGGAGCUGAAGAAGAUCUGCAAGUCGUCGGAGGAGCACAUCAGCCACGCGUACCACCUGCUGCUGACGCGGCUGCGGGAGGAGCACGCCGAGAUGCGCUUCUCCGCCUUCCAGCUGGCGCAGGAGCUCUUCGCCAGGUCCCACCACUUCAGGACGCUGCUCAUCUCCAACUUCCAGGAGUUCCUGGAGCUCACGGUGGGGAUAGACCACGAGCAGCCGCUCCCCCCGCCCAAGGAGGUGGCGCAGAAGCUGAGGAGAGCGGCCAUCAAGGCAGUGCAGGACUGGCACCAGAAAUACGGGGAGGCCUACAAGCAGCUUUCCCUGGGAUACCACUUCCUAAAGCAGAACAAGAAGGUGGAUUUUCAAGAUGUGCAUGCCAGAACUGUGGCUGAAAGGAGAAGGGAAGAGGAGAAGCAGAAACGACUGGAGAACGUUUACAAAGAAAAAGUCAAAAGAACUGAAAAAGAAAUGGAAGAAAUGUCCCAAGAGAUUGCUGAUACACUGACAGAGAUGGAAAACUGUUUCCAGCUUCUGAUGCCAGAUCCCUUCAAUUUUGGGGUGAACGACAUUGACCUGGAACUCAGCAAACGAACAUUUGCUAAUGAGGCCGGACCUGCAUCCCCCUUGUGCUCCCAGGGGGAACUUAACCCAUCCUAUCUGGGGUGCAUGGACGAUGAACAGCCAUGCUGCAGCAAGGACAUUCUUCCUGUUUCUCACUGUGUUGCAACUGAUGGAAACAAAGAGGCAGAUGAGAAGCCUGAGCAAAAAGAGCUGGAUGGAGGCACAUGCUCAGACAUUCAGUGCAGUGGCCCUGUUCUCGAUGAUGAUGAGUACCAGACUUUUGUUAGGAACCAUGGGCUUAUUUCACAUAAAUAUACUCUAGACCUUGAAGUCUCCACAGAUAUAAAAGUGCAAGAGAAUGAAGAUAAUACUGCCAUCAUAAACAGUGUCAUGGAUGCUCACAAACUUCUCAGAAAUAAGUUCUGGCCUUCUGUGCAGUCCUGGAUUCAGCUACUUACCAGAGCAGGAAUCAAUGAUGAUCGGCUAAGAUGUGCCAUUGAGCACAAGAAUAAAUUGGAGACUGCUAUGAAGAAAUACAAGGAAAUGAACAUUUCCUUUAAAGCAAGAAAAAGAAAAGUGAUGAAAGCCUCGGAUGAUGACGAUGAUGACGAGGAUGAAGAUGAAUUUGUGGAGGUCCCUGAGAAGGAAGGUUAUGAGCCCCACAUUCCAGACCACCUGCGAAAGGAAUAUGGGCUUGAACCCCAGUCACCUCCAAAAGCGCCGGUGGCAAAGGCAUCGACAGGAGCAGCUCUGCCGAGCUCCCGCGCUCAGCUCAAAGGGAAUGAGGAUGAGCUCGAUCCAACCUGUGCAGCUGCCACACUGAAACUUAUUAGAGACAAACUGCCAAAGUUACCAUCUCCUCAUGCCAGUGAGUCUGUAACUUCUGAGACAGCAAACUUGGAAGAUCCUGAGAGUAAAAGAAGAAAACUAGAAGAAAGAGCUAAAGCUCCCCUCAUGCCUUUUGGAUUAGAUCUUCACUACUGGGGAGAGGAUCAGCCAAGUGCUGGGAAGAUUCUCAAAUUUACAUCUGAGCAUCGAUUUUGGGCACCCUGUGAGGUAGAGGAAGAGGUGGAAAAUAAAGAAAUAACAGAGAUGUUAAAAACCAGGUAUAUAACAUUUGCUGGCAAGUUUGAGCCAGUAAAACAUAAAUGUCGAGCACCCAUGCCUGAUGGAACUCUGUGUGAAAGACAAGAUCGGAUUAAGUGCCCUUUCCAUGGAAAGAUAAUUCCUCGGGAUGAUGCUGGGAUUCCUGUAAAUGCAGAGGACAGAGCCAGAGAAGAAAAGAUGAAGUUUGAGAAGCAAGCAGCCCAGCCAGAGUGGCGAGAUCCAGAAUUCAUGAGAGAAGUUGAAGCUGCUACAGGACUGGAUCUUGGUUCCUCUAAAAGUAAUGGAAAAGGACAGAAAAAGAAAGGGAAGAAGCAAAAAUACCCAAAUCUGACAGACCUGAAGCAACAGGCUAAUACUUCUCGUUCCCGGCUUGAAAAGAAAGUCUUCAAUAAAGGUGCCAUGAAACGGGUCGUGAAAGCCAUGAACCGGGUGGACCAAAGGAAGCACGAGAAGUUUGCCAACCAGUUUAAUUAUGCACUGAAUUAAAUUCUUAAUCACCUCUGCCCUUCUUUAUUGCGAGAGUGCAACUGCAAAACCCUUAAUCAAAGAUAUUUGCAUUUACACUACAAUACUUUGCUAGGCACAUUUUUACAGGUGUCAUUUUUAAAUUGUUUCCAAGUUUAAUUUAUUUGAUAAUGAAUAUUAAUUUUGGAAAAGAUGUGGUGGUGUGGAAUUGAAUGCAUUUAGAAAGAUGAUAAUUGUUUGAAAUAUACAUUAAAUAGAGAUGUUUUAUGACUUGUACAUAA